AUCUCGUCGUCCAGAUGUAUGGCAAAUGCGGCAGCGCGGGCGACGCGAGGACGGUCUUCGAUGCGAUCCAGCGCCCCAAUCUCGUCUCCUACAACAUGAUCCUCGCGGCCUACUCCAAUGCCGGGUCUGGGCAUUCGCAGCAUUGCCAGGCGCUCUUCGAUCUUAUGCCGCAGUGGAAUCUCGUGAGCUUGAGCUCGAUGCUGCGAUCUCUCUCCAUGAACAGCGAUCUCGACGCGAUGAAGCAGCUGUUCGAUGAAUCGCCAGAGAACAAUCUCGUGACCUGGGGCACGACGAUCGCAGGAUAUGCCCAAACUGGGCAUAUUUCCAAGGCGAUGGUGAUCCUGGAGAGAAUGCCUUGCUGGGACAUAGUUUCCUGGACUACCGUGAUCCAAGGCUACGCGCGCAAGGGCUUGAUUGCCGAGGCCGAGAAGAUCUAUGCCAAGAUCCCGGAAAGGAGCGCGUUUGUGACUAACACCAUGAUUCUAGCGCUUGCCCGGGCAGGGAAUCUGGAUCGUGGCAAAGCAAUCUUCCACUCUACGCUGGGGAAGAACACCGUUUCUUGGAACUCAAUCGCGCAGGGGCUCGUGGAGAUCGGCGAGAUCCACGAAGCAAAGCUGGUGUUCGAUCGGAUGCCGGGGUGGGACGCGAUUUCCCGGACGAUGAUCGUCACUGCAUUCGCCGCAGCGGGAGAUCUCUCCCUCGCCAAGCGCGUCUUCGAUCGAUUCCACGAGCCCAAUGCCGUGGCCGCGACGACGAUGAUCCAGGGCUACUCCCAGCGAGGAGACCUCGAAUCCGCGAGAUCCAUCUUCGAUUCCAUGCCACAGAAGUCGCCUUGCUCGUGGAACACCAUGAUCGCGGCAUACGCCCGCAGUGGCGAUCUUGCCAGCGCCAAGAAUCUUCUCGAUUCCAUGCCCCAGCCCAGCAGCAUCUCCUGGAGCUCGCUCAUCGCAGCCAGCGAUGGAGCCAGCGACAGAUCCGCCUUGGAGAUCUUCCGAUCGAUGGAGCAGCAUGGAGAAUCCCCCGACGCGAUCUCCCUGACGAGCCUCCUCGGCGCUUGCGGCCGGAUGGACUCCGCGCGGCACUACAUCCGAUCUAUGGCGCCGGACCACGGAUUAUCGCCCAGCCGCGAGCACUACUGCGCGAUGAUCGACAUCCUGGGGCGCGCCGGAGAGCUGGAGCUCGCCGAGGGUUUGAUCCACGCCAUGCCCUUCCCUGCCGACGCCGCCGCGUGGGGAUCGCUGCUCGCGGCGUGCCGGAUCCAUCGCGAUGUGGAGCGGGGAGAAAUCGCCGCGGCGCGCGCGAUGGAGGUGGAUCGAGACGACGGUGCCGUGAUCGUCCUCUUGGACGAUCUCUAUUGCCAGGAACCAAAAAAAUGAUAGCAGUGGGAGGUA